AUGUGCUACGAAUGGACCAAGGUGUGGCAGUGCGACCACGGCCCCUGCCCUCAAGAGGCCCCGCUGCUUCAACUCUGCACUGUUGGCCAGCUCAACCUUAACGACCUCGAACGCCAAGACCCGAGAAUUCGCGCCGGACUCACGCCCAGACAGAUCCAGAUGCGCGGGGCGUGCGCCUACAUCGAGGAUGUCCGCAUCCUGCAGCCGGGCUUCUGCGCCCGCUGCCGCGAAGAGCAAGCAAGGGAUCCAGCCAAAUUCAACAGGGAGCUGAUCUGGAAGGACGAGAAGCCAGGCACGCAGAUCUGA